AUGAGCGAUGCGCCUGGCGCCGUCGCCAAGAAGGUCGAGGGUUCCAGCAGCAAGGCUGUCGAGGGCAGGAAGAAGUUCGAGGUCAAGAAGUGGAAUGCCGUUGCUCUUUGGGCUUGGGACAUUGUCGUCGACAACUGCGCCAUUUGCCGAAACCACAUCAUGGACCUUUGCAUUGAAUGCCAGGCCAACCAGGCGUCUGCCACUAGCGAGGAGUGCACUGUGGCAUGGGGUAUUUGCAACCAUGCUUUCCAUUUCCACUGCAUUUCACGAUGGCUAAAGGCCCGAUCUGUUUGCCCAUUGGACAACAGAGACUGGGAGUUCCAGAAGUACGGACGAUGA